GCAAGCAAUGGAGAGCUCAUAAAACUGUGUUAUACUUUCUGUUCUUCUAGAUUAGUAACAUAGUGCAAUUGUUUUUGUGUAUCUCUACAUUCUACUGCUCCAACACCUGUGUUGUACCUUUAUUGUACAGCUUGUUUUCACCAUGCUGACUUGCAGGGAAAAUGGAUGUGAGUCCUGAGACUAAACUUAGUAGCAGACAAUCCCCAGUUGGUUACAAGAGCUUUGAGGGCUUACCUCAGUUGACUGUGGAUGACACAUUGACCAAAGGGCAAAAUGGGAACUUUCAGAAUGAGCAUAACCGAAACACAGGUCUCCGUGGCCUCAGUUCUGCUCCAGACCUCAGCAGUCUCCCAAAAGAAUUGCCCCUGAGACAUCUAGCCUCUGGGAGCCAGCACCCUAACCUGACGGAUCUAAGCUUGUCCUCCUUUAGAGAGAUGGAUAAGGACCCGCUGCCUUGGAGGCCAAGUAGGUGUGGCACUUGGCAGGAUGCCAUCAUACCCAUCUAUGCUGCUUCUCUCAUCAUUGCCAUAGCAGUCACCACUGCUAUGGUCCUGCAGAUUUAUCUAGGGACAAAUGAGCAGGUCUUCAGAGGGAGUGUGUUGGUGACGGACCAUGAACACUGUACAGAGCUUGGUCGUAGGGUGCUGAAUGAACAAGGCUCCAGUGUGGAUUCUGCCAUUGUUGCCACCCUGUGCCUGGGGAUAGUCCAUCCACAUGCGUCAGGUAUUGGCGGGGGAGGGGUGAUGCUGGUUCAUGACAUCCGGAAGAAUAUAAGGAAGGUGAUUAAUUUCCAGGAAACGGCACCCUCUGGAAUCAAGGAGGAGAUCCUGCAAAUUGACCCAGAGCUAAAGCCAGGUCUGAUUGUAGGUGUGCCAGGCUUGCUCAGAGGGUUGUACCAAGCCCAUAAACUGUAUGGAAGACUGUCAUGGGAGGAUAUUGUCACCAGGGCUGCCAACGUAGCCAGAGAUGGCUUUAAUGUCUCUCACAGACUUGCAGAGGCCAUAACCAAGGUGAAAGGUCAGAAUAUGUCAUUGCGCUUCAGGGACAUGUUCUUGCCAAGAGGCCAUGCUCUGUCCCCCGGCUCUCUUAUGAAAACACCAAGUCUGGCUGCUGUCCUGGAGGCUGGGGUGUCAGAAUUCUACAAUGGGACUCUAACACAGGAAAUGGCCAGUGAGGUGCAAGAAAAUGGAGGAAUUCUAACCAAGGAGGAUCUCAGCAACUACAGUGCAGUCAUAGAGCAGCCAAUUGAAGGCCUGUAUCAGGCCUCCUCAGGUCUACACAAUAUUUCCUGGCAACACCCUCCCUCAGGAUUCCGAGUUCUCGUGCCGCCUCCCCCUUCUAUUGGUGCUGCUCUGAUCUCAGCCCUCAACAUUUUGGAGGACUUCCACCUCAAUGGGAAUAGUACAACGUAUAGAGCAAACCACUGGAUUGCUGAGUCACUGAAAGCGUCCCUGACUAUGGCUAGUGGGCUCGGAGACCCUGUGUAUACCCCAUCAGUUUCUGCACUCAUCUCCAAGAUGCUAAGCAAGCCACAGGCUGUAGUGCUCCGUCAGUUGAUCAGUGACUCGCAGGCAUCUCCUCCCAGACACUACUCUACUGUCUAUGACCUGCCGAGUGGAGCUGUGGCCAGCCAGGUGGUCGUGAUGGGUCCCGAUGACAUCAUUGUGUCUGUCACCAGCUCACUGAACAGGCCCUUUGGAAGUAGAAUUUUAACCCCUUCAGGCAUUCUCCUGAACAGCCAGAUCUUGGCCUUCUCCUGGCCAAUUAAAACCCAGGGACUGUUAAUAUCUAACCUGACGAACAGGGUCCAGCCAGGCAAGCGGCCUCUGUCAUUUAUUAUGCCAACAAUUGUGAUACCGUCUCUAGGUAAAUGUGGAUCUUAUGUGGCCCUGGGAUCUUCUAAUGGAGAGUCCAGCCUCAGUGGUGUCACCCAGGUCUUGAUUAAUAUUUUAUCAUAUCACAAAAAUCUGAAUGAUAGCAUAUCACUGGGACGACUCCAUCCCCAACUUAAGCCGAGCAGACUCCUGGUGGACUCUGAGUUCCUGGAGGAGGAUGUGAAGGUGUUGCGUUUGAAAGGACACACUGUCUACAGGGUGGGGCUGCUGUCCCUAGUGCAGGGUGCCCAGAAAACCAACGACAUCAUUAGGGGCAUUGUUGACCCUCGUGCUGUGGCUGGCUCUGCCUAGCUUUCUGAGAAUAUGGCUUUAUUUCAAUGUGAACAUAAGAUUAAGUAAUAUUUGAGUUGUAUGUUUAUUAAAAAAUGAAUGUAUUACAAUUUUAGAUUUUCGUAGU